CUUCGGGGCCCGGAAGUGCGGCCUUCAAGUUGACAAGCAGGAGGCAGCCACCGCAGGGCCUGGUGCCUGAGGAGUCGGAGAUGGCGGCCACAGAGGCCGUGCACCACAUCCACCUACAGAACUUUUCACGCUCACUACUAGAGACUCUCAAUGGGCAGAGACUAGGCGGUCACUUCUGCGAUGUGACCGUGCGUAUCCGUGAGGCUUCUCUGCGUGCUCAUCGCUGUGUGCUGGCUGCGGGCUCACCCUUCUUUCAGGAUAAGUUGCUGCUUGGCCAUUCGGAGAUUCGUGUGCCACCAGUGGUGCCUGCGCAAACCGUGCGCCAGCUGGUUGAGUUCUUGUACAGCGGCUCGUUGGUGGUGGCACAGGGCGAAGCCCUGCAGGUACUCACUGCAGCAUCGGUGCUUCGCAUCCAGACCGUCAUUGACGAGUGCACACAGAUCAUCGCUCGUGCCCGUGUCCCCAACACCCCGGCGCCUGCGCCUCUGCCACCACCACCUGUGCCCCCUCCACUCGCACCCGCGCAGCUGCGCCACCGUCUGCGCCACUUGCUGGCCGCCCGCCCCCCAGGCCAUCCCAACGCUGCGCACAGCCGCAAGCAGCGCCAGCCGGCGCGUCUUCAGCUACCUGCACCCUCAGCACCCAUCAAGGCCGAGGGGCCUGAUGCAGAGCCGGCGCUGACUGCGGCCCCUGAAGAUAGAGGUGAAGAGGAUGAAGACGAGGAGACGGAUGAAGAAACCGACGCUGAAGAAGGUGAAGGCGGCGGCGGUAGUGGCGCCGGUGGCCCAGGUGAGGGCCAGGCUCCUCCUGCCUUCCCCGACUGUGCAGGGGGCUUCCUCACCGCUGCAGCUGACAGCGCGCGAGAGGAUCCUCCUGCAUCCACUAGCAUCACUGAUUAUAGUGGUGCCGGGAGAGAGUUCCUUCGGGGUACUGGGGUCACUGAAGAUGUGUUCCCAGAUAGUUAUGUGUCUGCUUGGCAUGAGGAAGGCAGCGGAGGUCCAGAAGGUUGUCCGGUGGAAACGUCUGCUCCACCUGACUGUGCCCUGGCUGGGCCUCGCCCAACCGGUGUGAAGACCCCUGGUCCCCCCGUGGCUCUCUUUCCCUUUCACUUGGGUGCUCCGGGUCCCCCAGCGCCAACACCUCCUACUCCAUCUGGGCCAGCCCCUGCACCCCCGCCCACCUUCUACCCCACCCUCCAGCCAGAUGCAGCCCCCAGUGCUCAGCUGGCAGAAACGCAGGCUUUGCCUGCUGCUCCUGCUGCUCAGGCUACAGCCAUCUCAGGCACUCCUGUGCGCGCCCCUGGUGCCUCAAGUGCUGAGCAACCGGCCUAUGAGUGUAGCCACUGCCGCAAGACGUUCAGCUCGCGGAAAAACUACACCAAGCACAUGUUCAUCCACUCUGGAGAGAAGCCACAUCAGUGUGCUGUGUGUUGGCGAUCCUUCUCUCUACGAGACUACCUGCUCAAACAUAUGGUCACACACACUGGUGUGCGAGCCUUCCAAUGUGCAGUGUGUGCCAAGCGCUUCACUCAGAAGAGCUCACUCAACGUGCACAUGCGUACACAUAGGCCUGAACGAGCACCCUGCCCGGCCUGUGGCAAAGUUUUCUCACACCGAGCACUGCUGGAGAGACACCUGGCAGCUCACCCUGCACCUUGAUUGGGAGCCAGCUUCACACAUCUGGCUGGUAUAGUCAGACGCCUUGGACUAGGUCCAUUCCACCAAGAAGGCUCUGGAGUACAGACCCUUUCCCUUCCCCACUCGGACCCUGUUUUCCCUGUGGACUUGGGACCCAGAACCCUAUUUCUCUCCUACACUUGCUUAGCUUCUCUCGAUGGGACAGCGAGAUGAUCAGGGCCCCUCCCAGCUCAGAGACCAUUUCCAGGUUGAGCUGGGCAAACACAUUCUUGGAACCUGAUGCUGGAUUUGUGACCCAACCCCUGCCAGGUAUGGUGUCUAGAGUUGUCCUCUGCCCCUGUGCUGGGCUAGAAUUCUCUGACCUCACCCCCAGUCUGGGGCCACCCUUCCCUCAUUAGGCACCUAUGGAGGCCCAGAUGGACCUACCUUGGGACUUUAGAAUUCCAAUCUAAUAAAGUACAUUGGGCCAGUA